AAUUCACCACUGCGAAAAAAAGUUCCAGAUCGGCGACAGCUCCAGCUACACCCACCGCCGCAUUCUCACCAUCCCCGCACUGUUAGACGUGUCUUUUGCCAAGGAACUGCCGCCAUGUCUGCCGCACAGCUGCUCAAUCCAAAAGCCGAGUCGCGGAGGCGGGGCGAGGCCUUACGGGUCAACAUCACUGCUGGUGAGGGUCUCCAGGAUGUCCUCAAGUCGAACUUGGGCCCCUUGGGCACGAUAAAGAUGCUUGUUGAUGGAGCUGGCCAGAUCAAACUCACCAAGGACGGAAAUGUUCUCCUCCGCGAAAUGCAAAUACAGAAUCCUACGGCUGUUAUGAUUGCACGGGCCGCGACAGCACAGGACGACAUCUGCGGUGACGGGACAACAUCGGUGGUGUUGCUUGUGGGUGAGCUGCUGAAGCAGGCGGAUCGCUAUAUCCAGGAGGGCCUACACCCGCGCAUCAUUACAGACGGAUUCGAGAUUGCGAAGAAUGAAGCGCUGAAGUUCCUUGACCAAUUCAAGCUUCCCCGCGAUGUCGACCGCGAACUCCUCCUCUCCGUAGCAAGAACCUCCCUUGCAACGAAGCUGAGCGGGAGCUUGGCCCAAAGCCUCACCCCAGCUAUCGUCGAUGCCGUCCUGGCCAUCUAUCAACCCCCUAAGAAGCCCGAUCUGCACAUGAUCGAGAUCAUGAAGAUGCAACACCGCACUGCGUCCGACACACAGCUCAUCAAGGGGCUUGCCCUCGACCACGGCGCGAGGCACCCCGACAUGCCCAAGCGCGUGGAGAACGCCUACAUCUUGACGCUGAAUGUCAGUCUCGAGUACGAGAAGUCAGAGAUUAACUCCGGUUUCUUCUACUCCAGUGCCGAGCAGCGCGACAAGCUUGUCGAGAGCGAGCGCCGCUUUGUCGAUGCUAAGCUGAAGAAGAUCGUGGAGCUCAAGAAACAGGUGUGCGGCAAUGAUGGCAAGAAGAACUUCGUCAUCAUCAACCAGAAGGGGAUCGACCCGCUAUCUUUGGAUGUGUUGGCCAAGAACGGUAUCCUGGCACUCAGGAGAGCCAAGAGGAGGAAUAUGGAGAGAUUGCAGCUCGUCUGUGGCGGUGUUGCGCAGAACAGCGUUGAUGAUUUGACCCCAGACGUUCUCGGCUGGGCUGGUCUCGUCUACGAGCAGCAGCUCGGCGAGGAGAAGUACACAUUUGUCGAGGAUGUGAAGGAGCCCAAGUCGGUUACUCUGUUGAUCAAGGGCCCCAACCAGCACACUAUCACCCAGGUCACGGAUGCCGUCCGGGACGGUCUGCGCAGCGUUUACAACAUGAUUGUCGAUAAGAGCGUGGUGCCCGGUGCUGGCGCGUUCCAGGUCGCUUGUGCUGCGCACCUGAAGAGCCCCGCCUUCACCAAGACUAUUAAGGGCAAGGCGAAAUGGGGAGUCGAGGCGUUCGCGGAUGCUCUCCUUGUCAUUCCCAAGACUCUUGCGGCCAACGCUGGUCUUGAUGUUCAGGAUGCCCUCGCUGCUCUUCAGUACGAGCAUGCAGAUGGGAAUGUCGUGGGCCUUGACUUGGCCACCGGAGAGCCUAUGGACCCGACGCUUGAGGGUGUUUACGAUUCUUUCCGUGUGUUGAGGAACUGCAUUGCUUCCAGCUCUGGCAUCGCAGCAAAUCUUCUGCUCUGCGACGAGUUGUUGAAGGCAAGGCAGAUGGGACGGUCAGGUGGUCCCGGCCCGGGUAUGGAUGGCCCUGAAGAGUAGAAGAGAAGCAUCUGAUCUACGUCUGUUAUACGAUACUCGCUAGAGAUGGUCUUGUACCAAUAGACGUGGACGUGCCAAAGUCUGAGGAGUGUGCCGUACUGGAACGAGAUGUCACUCCCUCAGCCUCCUUAUCGGUGACUGAAAUCACCAAUCGAUGGCGGGGCAGCAGAUUUACCCCACCAAAAUUUUAGAAGCUCUUGUUCGA